UAUUGCAAAAUAUAAUAAAAAUGUAGGUUUGUCAUAUCUGUUAUCCUCAAAUUGACUCUAAAUGUAAGAUGGUUGUGGUCAUUCAUAAGUUUUUACAAUUUUCAGAUGCAUAUAUUUGUUCAAUUUACUCCUACUCAUUAAAAAUUAUACUAAAUUCAAUAUUAAUAUCACCCCAGUUGCUCUUUCCACCAGCCCAAAAGCUGUACUCUGAGCUAACUAUGCUCCAUAAAAGUAUGCACAUAACCCUGGUUAACUUCUGUCAACAUCAAUAUACUUCAAUUUCUUUGUACAAUUACUACAAAUGUUGAAUUUGCAGUGCAAUCCAACAUUUAUAACAUUAUAUAUUUGUGGUUUUCAAUGCAUAAUUUAAUAAUGGUUUAAAAUAUUAAGAUCAAUAUAUAAGACAAAUAUUGGAAGUGAAUAUUAUACAUCCUUGUAUCUUUAGUAAUUUGUUACAUAAAAAUUGAAUACCAAAAUACAAACUUUAGAAAACAGGCCAAAUUACUUACUCAUUGAUUUAUUCAUUCAUAUUUAUUUUGUUAUUCAGACUCAGCAAUAUACUCAUCACUCAUUACAAUACAACUCACCUAAAACCCACUGUUUUUUCUUAAAAUCAGAAAAAAAAACAUUUUCAAUACAAUAAACAGUUAUAAACCUUUCUGAAACUGUAGUGUACAAUCAAGAAAUAUUAAUAUAGGGGCUGGCAUCUGCACAACAGGAACUGCAUGUUCUUAAACUAAUAUCCACAUGUAGUGUUUGAAGUCAGACUUUAACUGUGCUUGUAGGAUUUUGGGUGUGCCUUUGGUUGUGCACAGGUUUAUUCAUAACCUUGGAUUCUCUCAGACUUGUUUGCUAUUUAUGUCUUCCUGCUGAAGCACUGCCUUUAAUUUGUUUGUACUCUCAAUUCACUUCUGUACGAACAACGGCAUGACAACACUGAGCGGGCAUCACGUCCUUGGGACAUGAAAGAUAAAGAGAAACUAAACAUCACAAAUAUGAAUUUUUGUAUGUCCGUAAAAAAGAUUUUAGUUUUAGUUCAUGAAAUUUUUGUUUGUUCAAAACUCCUCCUCAUGCAGCUCCUCAUCAAGCCAGUCUCCAAAAACAGUGCUGCAGUGAAACUCAUAUCCAUGUAAACUUAAUGUUCAUGAAAUGUAGCAUCUCAAUUUAUGUUCUGUCUAUGUAUAUAUCACAUAUACAUCUCUUUGUUGAUGUUUCACUGAAGCCAACAGCAUCUUUAGAAUAGAUCAUGGAGUAAAAUCAUGUGACAGCAAUAAAGAGGACAGGUGGUCGCAUUUUGAAGCUCACUGCCUGACAAAAAUCAACAUCUUUGUGACAAAAUGUAAACAUAAACACAGUGUGAGAUUUACUAAUGUGAGCUGCAUUCAGUGACCACUUAUACCGAAGGUCAGUGCAAAAAAAAGGCACAACAUAGUGGAAAAACCUGGAUUAAUGAGCAAUACAUCUAUUUCCCCACUUGUCCAAUUGGAUUUACAUUUGGUAUAAGGAAAGAUGUGCUGCACACUGAUAUACUGGUGAGUUCUUAGUAUGGGAACCACCUCAUGAGAUUUGAUUAUGUGAGUGCUCUGCAUGAUCAUAAUGACCAAGGCUAAGAUGUUCCCUUUAGUACAAAGACUUUCUCCAAAACCACAAAGCUUCCAUCCACACAGUAGUUUAAUGACCAAAUAGAUAAACACCUUCCAUGACCUCACCGAUCACCCACACAGUCUUGAAAGGUUUCUGAGAAAAGUUUUAAUGUCUUCAUUGGGGGAAACUGACUGUGGUCAACUUGAAUCAUUGCCUUUAAAAUCACCACGUCUCUGUGGUCAGUUACAAUGACUCCGACAGUGACAAGAACAGAUUUCACAGUGGAAAAAAGUAGUUUUGUACUGGUGACAAUAUAUACUAUUAGUGUUGGUAAAAAACUGGCAAAUAGAUGGACAGCGGAGAAGCCGAUUAUGCUCCUCUUUAUAAGUCAGGAAUGGUUUCAGUAGUUUAUUAUUAAUAUUUUCAUUCUUUGUUCGCACUGCGAAACUGGAUCACCAAUGAAAUAUUGUGACCGCUGACGACGGCUGCUACCCUCCACAACUUUUUACAGCAACCCUUCAAGUCUACAGGAGCCUCUCACACCACACAGGCAUUGAUGGAAGCCAUAUUGUGCGAGCGGGCUCAUCAUGUUAACCUCAGGGGAGGACGUUCAGUUCCAUCAGGGGAUUGGUCUCACUAUCAACCGAAUCAUUUUGAGGGAGGCGGACCUCGUGCUGCUCAGAUGAAUCAGCCCCCUUAGCCACUUCCAUUUCCAAUGUUAUGCUGACCCCAGGAAUAUAAUCCAAAUGUUUUUCCUCUCCUCUCAUCUCCACUGGAGGAGGGCUCAUCUGUGAUGCUGUGAAAAGCUCUCAGUGAGUGGUGAUACUCCUCUGCAGCUCCACAUCCGCCUUAAAAAUACAUGAUGAGGCCAUUCAACCCUAUAGGAGCUGCUCUUUAAGGACAACAGGAACACUGUAGUCUUAAGAGAAGGAUGAAAAGACCAAAGAAAAAAAAAAGAGAGAGACAGCCAAGACACAGUCACCCCGUCCGACAUCAUCAACAAACAAAAACCCCACAAAGAGACGAACCAGCCAGCCAGCACAAGCCAGCCAGCCACCAUCUUAACAGGCUGCUUGAAAGAGACACAGAGAGAGAGAGAGAAAAAGAGGCUAAUGCUUAUUUUGAUCAACAGGUUAUUAAGUUGAUGGUGGACUCUGACAACCGUGACUGAGGACCUAAACCAGAACUGGAAAAAAAAAAAAGACAGGACAACAAGAACAGCAGCCUGCUUAAAACUUCUUCCACGGAUCUACAACACACUUGAUCAAACUCAAAGCUGUAUUGGCCAGAUGUGAAGCAUAAGAGGAGCAACAGCCCUGGACCAAAGGUAGCUGAUGCUACGUGGAGUUUCAUAAACAGAAAAUCAAAGAAGCAGAAACAUUUUUGCUCCAAUGUUCACGGACCUGUGUGGAGUUACGUGGACCUGAUAAAGAAAUGGAGGGAUAUUAGUGCGAGCUCGACACCUGGUUUCUGCUUCCCAUUACCGGAGUGGAGUACAGAGGGCCAGUAGCCGAGCUGUGCUGCUGGACGGACCGUUGCGGUGCGGGAUCGAAUUGAGCCGCUUCAACAGAACUGAUGCCAAGGCCAGGAGUCAGCCAUGAUGUUUUUAUAACCUGAUGAUCAGCAGAGAGAUGGUGAGGAAGAAGAAUCCCCCUAUCCGGAGUGUGGGAGGCGAGGAGGAGGAGGAGGAAGAGGGGAGGAGGCCACCAGGAGAAGAGGAAGAGGAGGGUGAGGAGGAGGGUAGAGUAGGAGCGGAGGCUGACCGAAUAAACCGACCCUCCGAACCAGAAUCCUCCGACCGGAUCAGAGGAGAUGAGGAGCAGGAAGAGGAGGAGGGAGAGAGCGAGUGCGUUUCCUCGUCCGUCUCUCCCUCAUCUGUCGGCGCGAGAGACGAUCGCUACAGCAAUGAGGAGAGAGGGGGGAGGAGAGGAGGAGGAGGAGGAGGAGGGGGGAGGGCUAAACAAGGAGGGGCGGCGAUGACUGACAGACCCGAGAGCCAGUCGGAGGCUGAGGAUGGGGAGAAGGGUGCAGAGGAGGGAGAGAGGAGCGAAAGAGACAGAGGGGAGGCAGAUCAUCUCAUUUCUCCUCUCCUCUCGACUCCCCACCUCCUCACCAGACAGGAAGGAGGGGAGGAGUCGACAACUGACACCCCUCCACUCUCCUCCAGCCCUUCUCCUAAACUCCAGGACUUCAAGUGCAACGUGUGCGGUUACGGUUACUAUGGCAACGACCCCGCUGACCUGGUGAAGCACUUUAGGAAGUAUCACCUGGGUCUGCACAACCGCACGCGGCAGGAUGCUGCCCUCGACACACACAUCCUGGCACUCCACAACAUGGCUCCCCAGCACACACCUCUAGACAUCCAGGCAGGACAAGGGCAGAGGAACCAAGCCAAAGAGUUGGGGAAGACAAGGCCAGAUGUACACAAUCAGCAACACAGGACAGUUAUGAUGAAUGGCACAUAUGACGUACAGGUGACGUUGGGCGGCACGCUAAUUGGGAUCGGCCGAAAGACCUCGGAUUGCCAGGGGAACACUAAGUACUUUCGCUGCAAAUUCUGCAACUUCACGUACAUGGGCAGUAAUUCCUCAGAACUUGAACAACACUUCUUGUCUUCACAUCCAAAUAAAGUCAAAACUCCGCCAUCCACGCCACUGCUUGCCAACAACAACGACAGCCAAGUGAAGGGGAGGAGUCAAAUGUUAGACGGGGCGGAGCGAGUGGCAGUGAGAGCGGAAGACGAUUCCUUGGUCGGGUACUCCAUCCCAGUCAGGGCGUGCCCUGAUUCGUCAAGCUGGACGGGGGAGGCGGGUCGAGGUGCCGUUCAGGCGUAUUAUUGGUGUAAAUUCUGCAGCUGGAGUUGUGAGUGGUCAGGGGGCUCGGCGAAACUUUUAGAGCACUAUGAACAAAGACAUAGAAUGAGCACAGGAGGUACUAUGAGCCCCAACAGCUCUAAUCCUGGAGGGAUGGACAGAGAGCGGGAGAGAGGAGGGAGAAGAGAAGGAGGAGAAAGAGACCACAUGUUAUCCAAAAGCCGCAAAGAUCUGUCAUCCAACCCAUCCAGCACCAGCCAAGGAGACCCAAACAGCAGCGACACAGAAGCGGUCGUGACCAGUUAUAACUGUCAGUUGUGUGAUUUCCGGUACUCAAUGGCCCACAGUGCAGAUGUGAUCGUAGUAGCGCCGUUACUACUGCACUACCAGCACAACCACUCCAUCCACCGAUGCUGCAUUCAGCACUGCAUGUAUUGUCCACAGGGGCUCUGUCAGCCACAUAAACACCUGGGGGAGGUGUCCCACCCCUUUGCUUGCCGGAAGCCUACCUGCCCCAAAUGUUGUUCCAAGUUCCCUCAGUCCACCAAACAGCAAGAUACAAUGGGUUCGAAACCUGUCACCGCCACCUCGCCUAGCAUGACUCCUCCCAAUCCUCGAGGGGAUCCUGGUGUGAUUUCAAGUGCACAUCCUGUUGUCACACAAGGGGUCACCCAUUUGUGUGACCAGUGUGCGUUUGCCACCACCGACAUAGACGUGUUGCUCCAACACUACGAAAGCUGCCACACCCUGAUUAACCUAAAGGGGGCACCCCCGCAUGUCAAGGCUGAGGAAGAGGUCGGGGGAGACAAAGAAGGGGGGAGAGGAGCAGGAGGAGAGAGGGAGUUCUCUUGCACAAAGUGUCACUUCAUCACGGAAGUGGAAGAAGAGAUUUUCAGACACUACAGGCGUGUCCACGCAUGUUGCCGUUGUCGACGCUGUGACUUCACGGCUCCUGAUUCGUCAGCCCUCCUCGACCAUUUCAACUCAGCCCACUGUCAUGAAACCUCCCCCUCAUUAAGCUCACUGACAACAACCUUACCCACCUCACUGACGACCUCACUGACACCUUCGUUAACACUCUCAGCCAAUGGCUGCUCAGCUCCCUCUACCUUAGCCAUUAAAGAAGAGAGCAAGGGGGAUAUUCGCCUCCUUUACUCCCUUGCACCGCCUGAGGGACGGUUGGCAGAAGGAGGCAGAGAAGAAGCAGGAGGGGUGGUAAAAAGUGAGGGAGGUGAGGAGAAAGAAAGGGAGCGGGAGAAGGGCUGGGUUCUUGGGGAGACAAGAGGACCAGGAGAAAGAGGAGGUGAACAGGCUCAUGGUCUACUGUGGGUGCCCAAGGAGCGAAUGGGACCUGAAAGAGGAGCAGGAGGUGGGAGCCCCUCUCUUUUCCCCUCCCCCCUCUCAUUGUCAUUUGUUUCAGCCAAUCAUGAGUCCUCACAGCAGAAAAGGGGUGUGGCUUCGCCUAGCAUGGUUUACCUGGGAGACACCAAGUCGUUUUUGGGAGAUACCAAGUCGUUUUUGGGAGACGCCAAGCUGUAUGGAGGAGGGAGGCCAGGCGGAGCCGCUGCAGGUGGAGGUGGAGGGGAGAAACAGAGCCAGAUGCCAACUCAACAGUACACAGGAGGAGGAGGAGGAGGAGGAGGGAGUGGAGGUGGAGGAGGACAGGAGGGGAAAGGAGGAGCUGCUAAAGAAGAGUCCCAAUCCCUGCUACGGCGGCGCCGAGGAAGUGGUGUCUUUUGUGCGAACUGUCUGACCACCAAGACAUCUUUGUGGAGGAAAAACGCUAAUGGAGGCUACGUCUGCAACGCGUGUGGUUUAUACCAAAAACUACAUUCGACACCCAGACCUCUAAACAUCAUAAAGCAGAACAACGGUGAACAAAUUAUCCGACGCCGAACCCGAAAACGCCUCAACCCUGAUUCGCUGUCGUCUGAAAACCCAGCUCCCAAGCAGCAACGAAUCACCAGCGAGGAGCGCAUGAACGGGGAGGAGUCAGACAGAAGUUGUGCAUCAAUCAAAAACCAGCAGCCUUCCCCUCGCUCACGCUCACCCCGGUCCACACAAGCCUUCUUAGCCAAUCAAACGUUGGAGAUCCACAGACGCAUGCCUCCUCUUCUUCUGCCUUCACAUGCCCCCUCCUCACUGGUAGUUGAGGGCAAUGGGGGCAUCGCUGAGGGAGGCAUAGCGUCAAAAUUAGAGGGAGUAAAAGGAGGAGGGGGAUCAGAAAGAGGCAGCCCAAUUGAAAAAUACAUGCGACCAUCCAAACCGUCUAGUUAUUCACCUCCUGGUUCACCCAUUGAAAAGUAUCAGUAUCCCCUUUUCUCCUUACCCCUUCCUUUAACCCUCUCACCAGAUUUGACCCCUGAGUCGGAUUGGCUCAGGUUCUGGACCAAGUAUAAGAUGGCUGCUACCUCUGGGGUUCCCAGUGGCAUCAGUAAUCUCAGCAGCCCUGGUAGCCUUGGAAACAACGCUCAUUAUCUUGGUGCAAUGGUGACUCCAGUACAGCAUCAUCAGCAAAGCUACACGGUGCCUUACUGCGCCUCUCCCUACUCUCCUCUUCCACCUCCUCCAGCUCCUCCUCACUAUCCUCCUCCUCCUCUUCAUCCUCCAACCUCCUCCUCAUCAUCAUUAGAAAAUGAUGCUCCUUUAGAUCUUGCAAUAAGACAAAGAGAUACAAGUGCUUCAAAUGCGCACAUGUCAACGAAUGGUGCAGAAAGGAGAAGGCAAGAGUCGCCUCUAGCAGAGAGGUUGAGAGAGAACUGGAAGGGAGAGAAAGAGGAGGAGGAGAGGACGGAUGAAGGAGGGAACCAGAAGGAGGAAACAGGAAAGGAAGAAAAGGAUAAUUUGACAAAAAGUGUUCCGUCGAAUCGCGCAAUGGUGGAAGUGGCCACACAGGAUGACCUGACCAAUCGUUGCAUCCACUGUGGGAUCUACUUCCUCGACGAGGUCAUGUAUGCCCUGCACAUGAGUUGCCACGGCGACCAGGGACCAUACCAAUGCAGUUUUUGCCUCCACGUGUGUGUGGAUCGAUAUGACUUCACCACACACAUACAGAGGGGUUUACACAGGUACACAGACAAAACGUCACAGCAGAGGGGUCACACGCAAGACGGCAAAAUUCAAAACGCCACCGUGACGCCAGAGCGCGAGUGUCAAAAUAUGACGCCAGAGGAAAAAGACGAGGGUCACCAUAAUGAGAUCGCAGGUGAAAGCAAUGAUGUCAUAGAAGCGUGUCAUGACGACCAAGCGAAAGAAAGCACAGGCAAUGACGCCACUGACAAUGACACGGGAGAUGAAAAGGAGGAAAGAGAAGAAGCUCACGACAUAGCAAACCAGGAAUUAGGAAGCCAGAUGGUGUCAGAAAGCGGUGACGACAUCACAAAAACCACAGGGGAUACAACCGUUGCUGAGUCUAAAAAGUUAGAUGAGAACAUGGAGAGUAAUUAAUCAGAUGCCUUUGACUCACACAAACCUUAAAGAAUGCAUUUUAUUGGAUAAAUAAGCUGUAAGCCUCCACGUUCCUGGAGGCUAGCUCAUGUCAGAAUGGGCCUAUCCUGGGCACUAAAUGGAACACAUCCUUAUGCUGGAAGCACUCGGCUGUCAAAUGGUCAAAAAUCAUUGUAGGAUCCCGCUGGACUACUGCAGGGACAGUUUGGAGAAAUAGCCUGAAUCCUGCGUUGAGUGAUGGUCACUUGACAGCUCUGUGGCAAGUAUUCAACAACGGAGUCCGGGCAUGCAGUUGAAAUCACCUUUAAUAAACAGCCACUUCACAUGCUUUCCAAACAAGAGGAUUGGAAGCUAGACUGAGAGUUGGACUGGUCUCAUUUAAGUUGAGUUUGAGGAGCUCAGCACUUGCACAGCCGCCAUACAGCAGAGCAAAAAAAAAAAAAGAAAAGAAAAGAAAAAUGCUAGAAGCAAAACACUUAAACUGAACUGAACUGAACUGAGCUGAUCUGUUAUGCACCGUGCUAAAACUGAACUCCGAGCUGGUUCAAACUAGUCUGAUGAGUCACUCAGACCUGUUUUUAUCUUGGUACAACCAGAUCUGAUCUGGUGAGAUCUAGAGCAUGUUUUUGACUGUUUUCUGCUGUGCAAAUGGAUCCAAAACCAAAACUUAUUUUGGCUGGUUGAAACUAGUCACAUUGAAACCAGUAUUUUCUGGGUUGCGGUUCAGCUGGUGUUACCCUGGUACAAAAGGAUCAGUCGGUUUCUCUCACUCGUGCCCUGUUUCUGAAACUGACUGUGUUCUUGGAUCAAUGCAAAAUCGCCACCGCUGCAGAAGUGGCCCAAAAUGGGAGACUGGUUUGGUUGGGAUGUGAUCAUGACUUUUUGAACUGCUUAAAACCAGUUUUAACUGGUAAAACCGGUGUAAUUCCGGACCGAAGUGUUCUCUUUAUCCAUUUGGAUCGAACCAAGUGACAUUAUUUUCUACCUUCCUCCGUGCCAUGAUACUAGCUACGUGCCUGGCUGCCUGCCUAAUAGAACAACCAUCUAUUAACCUGCUUAACAUUUAUAUUAAUAAUAAUAAUAACGAUGAUGAUGUUAUAGUACAAAACAUGCAAUUUGCUACACUUUCCUAUAUAAUAUGUUAUUUUGUAAAGGCAAAUAAUGCUUUUUUUUUGCAGGAAAUGGUACUAUAAAAAUUAGUCUAUUUGAGUUUUUUUUCUUUCUUUUUUUUUGUUUUUGAGCUAUUUGUUGUUUGUGUUCUUAUGGAGACUUGUUACAUUGGUCUAACAGAAAUGGUACAGCAAAAGAGGGGGGUUGUGUGUAUGUGUGGAUUUGUGUAAUUGCGUUUAUGUGUGUAAGGAUCAAAGGAUGUGUCCGUCCCCUAACAAUGAUGUAAACAUAAUGAAGGCUUGCGCUCGGUUUUUCAGUCCUCAGGGGUCACACGUGUUGCACACCAACCCACCUGUUUCAUAGCAUGUGACACAUCAUUUUUACAUGUCAAAUGGUCUCAUGGUUUUAGCAUGUUGCAUAAUGUUCUUGUACGUUCUCUUAUAUAUGUUUUUAUCAUGUUCUUUAUGUGUUAAUAGGUCAACAUGGUCUUAGUAAGUAACAUUUUUAUUUCUGUAUGUCUUUUACAUGUUGUUAGGUUACAUGGUUUUAUAGAGAGACUUAGGAAUUUAGGGAGAUAAAUCCUGAUUUUAUUAAAAAGGAUCAAUUAUUUGGAUUAACUGUAUAAACAUUUGCUCUGUAUUGAGUCUGCAGAGCUUCUUGCCUACAGUGUUUUAUUCAGCCUAUCUCAUGUUGCAGAGAGUUUGGUAGGUUACCUCUACAGUAUGUAGCAUAUUAGCAAAUCAGCAAAAUAAGUUGCCUUUUUCUAGUGAUGGGAACUCUUACAUGUUAGGACUAAAUCAUACUGAAAAUGAGCAUAAGGUGCCAUCGUAAUGUGUGUUUUAUAAUAAUUCACUUAGUUAAAAUGAUCAUGUUGCUUUUAACUCCAAAUAGCCCGUCCCACUUUUCUGCCAUUCAUUACCCACUUUUUUUUGUUCUAAAUCAGUCUUUUUAAUAUACUUAAGGAAAAUCCCGUACCAUAACUGAGUCUCUCUUUAAACCAAAUUUCACACUUCUUAUUGUUUACUUUCAUCAUUGAGAGAGUCGUGACGUAGUCAGGUCCUUGAAAGACCCCUAUUCUUUAAAAUGGAGCAACACGGAGGCCUUUUUGUUUAUUUUUAUAAAGAGAGAAUCACUUCUCCAGCCUUGCUGCCUUAGUUGCUAGAAAACAAAAAAAAAACUCACCAAGGGACUUUGAAGGAAGUAAUAAUAGGCUGAAAAGAAAAUGAAAUACAGGAAGGAACAAGCUAAAGAAUGAGAAAAAAGAUAUUUUUCUAUGCUUAUCCAAAAUACAUGAAUGAAAAAUAUUCCUAGUGCCUGGUAACUUGUACAGUUUUUUCUAAUAGGUAUAUUUGCCUGUCUUUGUCAAAAAGUCAUGCAAGUUAUGAGUCAUAUCAGGCAGAAACAGACUGCUUUAUUGAUUUUAAUGCAUUUAGGUAUCAUAGUCAUUGAUUGUUCAAACUUUGCAUUACCAGCCCAUGAGAAAGACCCACUUGUGCUUUUUUAAAAGAUGAAAUUGUGUCAAUCAAUAGAUCUUUCUUCUUCUUCAUUUUUUUUUUUUUUUUUUUUUUUUUUUUGCAUGUAUGUACACUACUUUGUAGAAAUGUUGAGACGUAUGCCUCAGUAACUUUUGUCAGAAAGACAAAAUACCAAGGUUUUCUCUACAGUGUAUUUGGUUUAUUUGGAGAUGAAAACAGAAUAAUGAGUGCCCAUAUCAUGGUGAAGAAUACCAUUCUAACCUGUUAUUAUUCUAGGCAGGCCUUGAUUAUAAAUAAUUUCUAAUCAGUUUUUUAGAGUUUAACACAGAACAGCUCUUCUAGCAAAAGGUCAAGUUUUAUUAUUUUAUUAAAACCACCAGAGAGAGAUGAGAUUUCUAUCUUGCAGAAACACUUCAAGGAGUAUAAAAGAAGUAAAAUUCCUUACUUGUUCAAAAUUCGACAAAAUGAAAUAGCUGAACUUUUCACCAGAGCAGUCAGUGUGUGUUGGAGUGCUUGUUGUGGGUUAAUACCUCUAGUAUUUACUUAAACCUUGAAACAGUCUUUUGCGUAGAAAGACCUACAUUGAGGUGGCAUAGAUUUUCCAAACUUUUAAAUAAUUGAUAGUGAUGUAUUUAAGCAAUGUGAAAGCUUUUUCAGUUUCUGUUAAAAAUGCUCGAUGUAUGUAGUUUUUCCUAAUGCUUCAGAGACUGUCUUGCUUUGAUGCCUUUCAAUCACACAGUCAAGAAACCUGUCAAACUAUUGCUGCAACAUAUUUAUAUUUAAGUUGGAAAUGCACAGAAACCGGCCUAACUCUGUGGCACAAGAGUCACCAGUCAAAUGAAGACUUGUUAAAGUGACGUGGUUUAUAAAUACGUGUAUUCCAAAGGUUCCUCUUUAUUUGCUGAAAAUGUUCUAUCACAUAAGUACUGAUGAAGCCCAUUCAAAAAUCACGUUUACAAAUUUUAUUCAAUUCGUUGUCGAGCUGGUUUGAAUUGUCUUUAUUCUAGGACAUCUUUAUGCUAAUGUGUAGUAAAAUUAGAUUUUUUUUUUCUAGUUAUGGGCAUCUCUUAAGGGACUGCUAGCAUAAUGAAAAACUGUUUACAUUUGUAAAUGUAGCAAAAAUAGCAGAGAAAUGAAGAAAUUCUCUCUUGAAAGACAGAACAAAGGAAAAGAUGGAGGGAUACCUGCUGAUAUGAAUGGAUGGAUGGCUGCUUUUGAAUAAUAUAUGGAGCAGAUGGAUGGAGGUUGGAAGGGAUCAAAUAGUGGCAGAUAAAAGUUCAGUUGAUGUAUCUGUUCAUCCCUUUCUCUUCAUUCUUUCUCUUUCCAUCAGCUACUACUAUCCUCUUCAACUCAUUUCUCUUUCUGUCUCCUUUCUGUUGAUAAAAUUUUGAAGUUAGUCUCAGUUGGUUUUGCACGUAAAAACUAAGCUUCAUUUGGAUUCAGUUCAACUACUUGAAUGGGCCUUGGGAUGGUUGAAACAAGUUACCAGCAGUAAAAUUUCAAAUACUUUUAGCAAUGUUGGGAUUUUCUGAUAUUUGGGUUCAUUCAUUUGCCAACAGGACUCACAUUUGAUAAGAAUUCAACAUCUUUUUUUUUUAUAGAUUUAAAGCCCUUUGUUAAAGAUUUUCAUCUUUUCUAGGAAACCUUUAGAGGAAGAUAUGUGAAAAAGAAAAAAAGGAUGAACUAGUUUUGCCUUUUUUUUUUUUUUGUUUUGUCAUCUUGACGAACCACAAGGAUUUCUCAGUGGGCUGGAGACAAAUUCAGAUGCCGGAAAGUUUCAGUAGUUUAGCUUUAGAAAGAACAUCCUCUCCUUGUACUGUACGUACUGAGUUGAAAGUAAAAAGAACACAAAACUUUGCUCAUGCACAUUUUUCAUAUUGCAAGUGCUCUGUAAAACCCUUUCCUGUCCAAAUAUCUUCUUUUUUUUGUAUUUAACAGCUUGAGUAAGUGAGGAUUAAUUUUAAACAUAAAUAGAUAUUAAUGUUGAUGUGGAAAAAAAAUCCACAGUUUUUUUUUUUUCUCACAUCCCGUCCAAGACUCUUAGGAGAACAUUUCAGUUGUCUCUUAAGGAAGAAAAAGAGGUAGUUUUAUAAGAAAUGAGGUUCCGCAGGUUACACUUGACAUGACCUUGUUUUACUUCAAUAAUAAGUGUUUGUUUUAGAUAUGAUGGCAUUUCACAUCAGCGUUUACAUUGGGGGGCCUUAACAAGUGUUUUAAUUUUUGUCUUUGUCAGAAUGUGUUAUAGAAAAUGAUGCUGUUUCUUGCACUCCAUCUAUUAUGUUCUUAUUGCCAAGGAAGGGACAACAACACACACACACACACACACACACACACACACACACACACACACACACACACAUCACACAUACAUACGGUGGUACAGAUCGAGUGUACAUUUUGGGAUGUACAGUAUUAACCAUGGGAGACAAGGGAGCUAAAGGCCAGUUUAUUAUUGGUCAGACACACACGCACACACACACAUCAACUACGUACAUUUAAUCAAUAUAUUUUAGUAGAAUUUUGUCUCUAUUCAGUCGAACGGCUUUUAUAGAAAAUUGGGAUUUUUUUUUAGGUAAUUUUCUCUCUCAUGUUGUAUUUUAUUCUGCUACCUUUCUGUACGUUAUUGUUCUUAGGUUUUAUUUCAUGCAAAAAUGAUAUUUCAACAACAUAUUUUGACAACCAAGAAAAGUUUGUUACACAGCUAAACUUGAAGAAUAAUGUUGAUGAUGAUGACGAUGAUAAUAAUUAAUAAAAGUAAUAACAAAUAUACUGAAAAUG